UCUCUUAAUAUUUUUUUAUUAAAAAAGGAAAAUUCCACAUUGAGCAAUUUUACUGUACAUGGCCGCCUCAUGAUAAGCAUUUCCUAAGAACCCAAUAGCCAAUAGACGUCACAUGAGUGUGGAAAUGGCACCUACAACGGAUACCUCAACUACUGCCCAUUCUUUCUCUUCCACGUGUAGCAUCCGUGACUAAAUCACCUUAACAGCCAGUGACUCCACCAUGCCUCUAUCAAUAAAUCAACACCUAACAUCUUUCCAACUUUGUCUGUUUGUUGAUGAGGAAAUCAACGCCAAUUAACAAAUCGAAGAUAAGGUAGAGAACUUUCAAAGAAGCAACUUGUGUUCAGCGUUUGAGACUUUCUGCGUAAUUUCAGAUCUCGUGCUAGGAGUACCAAUUCAGAAUACAAUCAAGAUGAGCAGACCACAGGAGCCACACCGCCCCUUCUUUUCAUUUGGGAAUCCUUUCCGGAUGAUAUCACCGAAGGGCUCUCAGUUGUCCCCAAGACUUCUUUCUUUAUUGAAUGCUUUUGAGGAAACCUUGGCUGAGAGAUUGAGGAAACUUAAUCCAAAAGACAAGAAUGAUGUUCUCAGCUUAACAUGGAUGAAAUUGGCAAUGGAGACACUUUGUGAGACUCAUGCUGACAUAAAAACCCUAAUCACAAAUCUUGAGCUCCCAGUAACUGACUGGGAUGAAAAGUGGAUAGAUCUGUACUUGGACAUCAGCGUGAAGCUGCUUGAUAUUUGCAUUGCUUUUAGCUCUGAGCUUGCUCGGCUUAACCAAGGCCAUCUCUUGCUACAAUGUGUCCUUCAUAAUUUGGAGUCCGAUGCUUCAAAGCAAUUUGUGAGGGCCCGUUCUUCCCUUGAUAGCUGGAGACAGCACAUUAGUUCAAAGAAUACAAGAAUCCAGAACUGUCGCUCCAUAUUGGAUGAUCUAGUGAGAUCACUAAAUCUGCCAAAGGUUAAGAACUCAGCAAAAGGGAAGGUCUUGAUGCGUGCAAUGUAUGGAGUUAAGGUGCAAACAGUGUUUGUCUGCAGUGUCUUUGCUGCUGCCUUCUCAGGUUCUUCAAAGAAUUUGUCAGAUUUGGAUGUCCCAGAUACAAUUCUUUGGGCCCAGGCAUAUUCCAAUUUGCAGACCAAUGUAAAUAUGGAAAUUAGAGAGAUUUUUUCCAGCGGGAAAUUCACAGUUCUGAAGGAAUUGGAUGCAGUUGAUUUAAUUGCUAAGAAAUUGUAUCCCUUGAUUCAGGAUGGAGUACAAGCCGUUGAAGUGGAAGCCUUCAAGAAUUCUGUUUCAGAUUUGAAAAAGGGAGCAGAAAAGCUUUCUCAAGGUUUGGAUCUUCUUGCAAACGGAGUAGAUGGCUUUUUCAAGGUAGUUUUGAGUGGGCGUGAUGCUUUGCUUUGUAGUUUGAGAAUAUCUGGUCCUGUUGCUGAUCCAACAUUAGGAACUAAUGUAGGAGAACGGAUUGUUAGGUAAAUGUACUUGGAGCUAACUAUUCUAAUGUAUACAGAUGGUUUAGCUGUGAGAUGCUUUUCCAUUUGUACUAUCGCGAAUGGCUUAUCAUGCUAUGUAAGGUGUGAGAUAUAUUAUGUUAUUUUGUUACUAGUUUGUACAAGUUUGUGGUACUAUGUAAUCUCAAUGAUAUAUGAAAUGCUUUCAACUGUUAUAUCGAGGCA